GUGGAAAAGAAGGCAGAGCAAGAGCGAGCGGCGGGGAGGAGGAUGCGCGUCUCGUGAGGAAGGAUUCUGUCGGCGAGCGCGGUCGGAGGGCUUGGAGCAGGCACGUCGGGAGGUGCGGGGCGUGGAGAAGGAUCGGCGCAGCGGUGAGGGCGAUGGUCGGCGUUGGAGCAGCGCGGCGGAGCUGGGCGGCCGCGGUGGUGGUGCUGCAGGCGGCCUGGGCGCUGGUCGGCGGGCAGGUGCGGUACUCGGUGCCGGAGGAAGCCGAGGCCGGUACGGUGGUGGGGCGGCUGGCGCAGGACCUGGGCCUGGAGGCGGGCGAGGCGGAGGCGCGGCGGCUGCGUCUGGUGGCGCGGGGCCGGCGGGCGAGCGUGGAGGUGAGCGGGGCGAGCGGGGCGCUGGUGGUGAGCUCGCGGCUGGACCGGGAGGAGCUGUGCGGGAAGAGCGCGCCGUGCGCCCUGCGUCUGGAGGUGCUGCUGGACCGGCCGCUGCGCGUCUUCCACGUGGAGGUGGAGGUGACCGACAUCAACGACAAUGCCCCGCGCUUCCCCGCCGCCUACAAAAACAUCAGCGUGUGGGAAAACUCCCCACUGAAUUCACGCUUCCCGCUGGAGGGUGCGUCGGAUGCGGAUAUCGGUUCGAACGCGCAGCUCUCCUAUUCACUGAGCCCCUCCGAGCACUUCGCGCUGGAUGUGCAGCGGGGAGAUGAGAAUCUGGAAUCAUUAUUCUUGGUUCUCACAAAACCGCUGGACCGCGAGUCGCUGUCCGAGCACCGCUUGGUGCUGACGGCGAGUGACGGGGGCAGGCCGGCGCUGACGGGCACGGUGCAGCUGGUGAUCUCGGUGCUGGAUGCGAACGACAACGCGCCGCAGUUCAACCAGUCGGUGUAUAAAGUGCAGCUGCCGGAGGACGCGGCGGAGGGGAAUCUGGUGGCGCGGGUGGCAGCCACGGACCCGGACGAGGGAAUUAAUCAGGAGUUUUCCUACAGCAUCGUCAGUUCUGUUCCUGCAUCUCAGAGAGAUUCAUUCAGCAUAGAUCCGCGGACGGGGGAGAUCCGACUCCGCGGACUACUUGACUAUGAAGUCGUCCGUUUAUGCGAGUUGCAAAUCGAGGCGAGAGAUAACGGCUUUCCUCCCCUGUCAGGACACUGCAAGGUGGUUGUGCAAGUGCUGGACGUGAACGACAACGCGCCGGAGGUGUGGGUGACGUCGCUGUCGGUGCCGGUGCCCGAGGACGCGGCGCUGGGGACGGUGGUGGCGCUGCUGAGCGUGUCGGACCGGGACUCGGGGCCGAACGGGCGGGUGCGCUGCGCGGUGCGGCCGCCGUCGCCGUUCGGGCUGGUGGCGACGUUCGCGGGCUCGUACUCGCUGGUGCUGCGGGAGGCGCUGGACCGGGAGCGGGUGUCGGAGUACGAGGUGGAGGUGCGUGCGGAGGACGGCGGGGCGCCGCCGCUGCGCGCCAGCCGCGGGCUGCGGGUGCCGGUGUCGGACGUGAACGACAACGCGCCGGCGUUCGCGCAGGCCGUGUACACGGUGCUGGCGCGGGAGAACAACGCGGCGGGCGCGGAGCUGGCGCGGCUGUGGGCGCGGGACCCGGACGAGGCAGGCAACGGGCGCGUGAGCUACUCGGUGGCGGAGGGCGGCGCGGGGACGGGCGCGGGCUCGGGCUCGGGCUCGGGGUGGCGUCCGGCGUCGAGCUACGUGUCGGUGGACGCGGAGAGCGGGCGCCUGCGUGCGCUGCGUCCGCUGGACUACGAGGAGCUGCAGGUGCUGCAGUUCGAGGUGCGGGCGGUGGACGCGGGGGAGCCGCCGCUGUGCGGCAACGCCACGGUGCAGCUGUUCGUGGUGGACGAGAACGACAACGCGCCGGCGCUGCUGCCGCCUGCGGGCGGCGGGCCGUGGCCCUGGGCUGCGGGCGAGGCGGCGGAGCCGGGGUCGCGGCCGCCGGGCUCGGCGGGUUCGGCGGGUUCGGCGGGCUCGGCGGUGUCGUCGUGGUCGCUGUGGGCGCGGGCGGCGUGGGGCGCGCCGGCGGGGCAGGUGGUGGCGAAGAUCCGCGCGGUGGACGCGGACUCGGGCUACAACGCGUGGCUGCGCUACGAGCUGCGGGAGCCGCGGGGCGAGGGCCCGUUCCGCGUGGGGCUGUACAGCGGCGAGGUGAGCACGGCGCGGGCGCUGGAGGAGGCGGACGGCCCGCGGCAGAGGCUGCUGAUCGUGGUGCGGGACCACGGGGAGCCGCCGCGCUCGGCCACGGCCACGCUGAGCGUGUCGCUGGUGGAGGGCGCCGAGGCGGCGCUGGCGGCGGUGGGGGCGGUGGGGGCGGUGUCGGUGUCGGCGGGGGCGGGGCUGCGGCCGGCGGCGAGCGCGGAGGGCGGAUCUGCGGCGUCGGGAGCGUCGGCGGCGACGAACGUGUGGCUGGUGGUGGCCAUCUGCGCGGUGUCGAGCCUGUUGGUGCUGGCGGUGGUGCUGUACGGGGCCGGGCGCUGGGCGCCGCGGGCGGCGGUGCUGGCGGGGCCCGGUCCGGCGACGCUGGUGUGCGCCAGCGAGGUGGGCAGCUGGUCGUACUCGCAGCGCCAGAGCCGGAGCCUGUGCGUGGCCACGGACGGCGCGGGCAAGAGCGACCUGAUGGUGUUCAGCCCCAACUGCCCUCCGGCGCCCGGCCCCGCGCCGAAGGAGACGCCGCAGGAGCCGCCCUCUUUGCUGGACACGGUCAGUGCCUCUCGCGGCCUCCUCUCCCCUUCCUUCCUCCCUUCCUAUCUUUCUUUUCAUUAUUCUGGGAGAACUUGUGGUGGAGUAUGUGAUGUCCUGUUUCCUUGCCAGGUUUAGUUUAAGAAGGUGAUUCUGGAUUCUAGAUCUGUUGCUGAUUUCUUAUGAUUCAUGCUGUACAAAUGCUGUUGGUGGUGUGCAGCAUUUCUUCCUGAGUUUUCAGGAUGUUUGGAAUACAUGGAAGGUCAGUCUGGUUGCGCCAGAACAGCAGGCAGGAUUCAGUGUCAUUGGUGUCACUAGGUGCUGUCUUUGGAUAUGGUUUCUUUUCAGAAACUCUGUCUUCCUUUUGUUUUGGUCUCCUUAUAAAGGAUUGUGAAACAAGGCAGUAGUUUAGAGUUGAGGGUUAUGUUUGUGAUGUAAAACUUCUGUAUUUCGAUUUUCAUGGUAGAGUUAUAAUGAGAAGCAGUAUGGACUUUUCCUAUUUUUAUUAGUAUUUUUUAAAUUUUUUUAGUUUGUUGUUGUCUUCUUUGGUAAUGAAAUUUAUUCAGAGAGAAUAGCGUGGCCAUAUUCAUGGAAAUGGGAAUACAUACUUAUUUCUAAUAGGAAUGCUGUUUCCAUGCUGAGCAAUUUAAAUUGUUGUGACCUCCAAGACUGGUUUUAUGAAUGGCAUUUUGCUACUUCUUCUCUUCUCUGCCUCCUCUGACAGUCUUUAAUCCUUUUCUGUACAUUUUGCACUUGAAACCUUCAUGACUAAUGCUUUUGGUUGCAAGAAUAGCCCACAUAUGUAAAUAUCUAAAGGACGGGUGUCAGGAGGGUGUGGCCAGGCUGUUUUCAGUGAUGCCCAGCAAUAGAACAAGGAAACAAACUGAAACAUAGGAAGUUCCAUCUGAAUGUGAGAAAUAACUUCUUUACUAUGAGGGUGACAGAGCACUGGAACAGGCUACUGAGAGAGGUUGUGGUGUCUCCUUCUCUGAUGAUACUGUAAACCCAUCAGGAUGCUUUCCUUUGCAACGUACUCCAGGGAACGUGCUUUAGCAAGGGGUGGAGUAAGUUGAUGUCCAGCGGUCCCUUCCAACCCCAGUGAUUCUGUGAUUCUAUUUAAUUGUGUGAAAUCUUACCACGUGUGGUUGCAGAAAGUGGCGUUAGCUUCUGUGUCUGCUGGUGUUGUGAUGUUGAUGCCUUUUCAUGGAGGAAAAUAAAUGAUUGUGCUCUUAAAUUGGUGUAGUUUUGCACUUGUUUUCUCUGCUGGAAAAAAUGAUUUGACUUACGCAGUCCUCUCUUGAUGUUCUUUCACCAUUGUUAUCAGCAUCAGCCACAGACUUAGAAAAUCUCUGGAACUCUGUCAUCCGAGAAAACGUCACAAAUAAUUCUGUACAGUUACUAUUAUCAAUUACAGUGCUCUUCUUGAUGUUGCCUGGGCUAUUCCCUCACAGAAUGAAAUCAGUGACUAUUGCUUUUAGAGGUGUCAUGACGUUGCUGUUAGAAAUAGCGUUGCUUACAGGCCUGUAACAUUUUCAUCUGAUAUGACAGAAGCACUGCAAAACAGGAAUGGCCAGCUGCACAGUUUCUGCUGCAUUCUGCAUGUAUACAAUAGUCUCUCUUUGUUUCUGUUAAUGGCGCUAUCAUUGAUAGGAAAGUUGUCCAAAAUACAGUCAGCCUCUGUGUGAGAAUUGCAAAUGUGGCACCUGUGAGAAGUGAACAUAGCAAUGACAGGGAGUAAGGUCUGUUUUUUGCUGAUGUGAUGGGUGGUCCUAAACAAUGGAAAAACUUGUGCAAGGGGAAGGACAUCAUUUGGAAGAGGAUGGGGCAUGUCAUAAGAAUGAGAGAGAUCUGCUUGUCUUGAGAACAAGUGCCUAAGAAUGUGGAAUUAACAAUGUCCAUUUCAAAGCCAGAGGUGGAAUGGGCCCAGAGCAUUCUGGGCCAGGAUCCUUGCCUGGGUUCCCAGAGAUGGGAUCUGGUGGUUUUCCUGCUCUUGAGGUUGUAUGUAGUACCAGUCUUUCUGAGCAUGCGAGGCUGUGUGUUAUUCAUGGUGCCACAUGAUUAAUUUGGUUUAUUUGCUUGGAGACUUUCUGUGUUUUCUUCCCUGGAGGAAUCACUGAAGCAUGUAGAGGAAGACCUGGUAUGCUCAGAGAAGUGAAAUAAUUGCAUAUUUAUAUAUGAGACAUGGGGAGGCCUUCAGACAAACAGUUGUUGACACUACAGCCAUUUCACAAGGUGUGAUGAGUUUUCUCAGGUGCAUGUGUAGUCAAAUUCUGUGUGCUCUCACUCCCUAUUGUCCUUGUGCCAUUCCUGGUUGGGAAGACAUCUGUCACGUUUGUGUUUAUUCACUCGUGUUCGAAUGUGGAAUGUUGUUGCUCUAACAGUGGCUUUUCACAAUAUUAGUAGUUCUGCCUGGCUGUAGUGGGCCUUCCCCUGAUCUUCCCUCUUCUCGUAUUGUUGCUUGGGAGGGGAAGAAGUGUGCUCUCUACUCCAGAUGUUGGCAAACCUUGUGUUUCAAUGAUGUGCAAUUGGAUCUUUUUGUUUCUUUCUCCCUGUCAGAUAAGUGUCCUACUUCAUUGUUUUACUUCUCUCACACUGGAAGUAUGUUGGUGAUGGUGAAUGGGAUGUAGUGGACUGAGUUCAGGUGGCUGUGACAUUGCAGACCUUUGAGCAAUUGGCCAUGAGUGUGCGAUAUAGCUUUUCCACACUUGUGAGCUCUGGUACUCAUAGAGAGAAAGUCAUUAGCUUUCAGGUUUCCCUCUUGCUUCCCUUCUGGUAUAUGUGUGCCAGGGAGCACUGCAUGCUAUCCAAUAUAAUGUUCUUUUUGUGAACAAGCAUCUGCUCCUGUUAUGGGUAAGUUGUUCUUAUUAAAGGAAUAUGUGAUCAAUAGACAGCUGUAUGUUUCAGUGUUUUGUUGUGAUUCCUUUCUGUUGGAGGGAGCGAACAUUGCCUGAGGGCUGGAGCCUUCUGCUGAUGAAGUGCAUUUGUAUGGGGAGAGCAGUUUCUGCCACAGGCAGAAACAGUUCCUUCCUGGGUUGUGUGUCAGCCUAGAGUUGGAAAUAGAGGUGAUUUUUUCAGGAGACAAUAUUUGGUGGGUAUAAUCAUCGUGUACUUGACUUCUCCCCCAUUUGUGCACAUGCCGAAUUGGCUUUGGUCUGAUGGUGUGCCAUCUUGUGUCAGGGCUCAUUCUAAAAUAUAGAUGUAUACACAAAAUCCUGAACAGCAGCCCAGGUCACUUUCUCUGAAGAAAAAAAGUUCUUUACAGCCACAGGUAUGUGUUUGUAUUUUUUUAUUUUUUAUUUUUUGGAGGACUCAUCAGUGUUGGAGGAAGUAAACUAAGGCAUUUGGCAAUAGAUGCUCCAACAACUUGGGUGCUUUUCACAGAAUUUUCUCAGCUUCUCUGUGUGAACCUGAUAGUUUCUCAGUAUAGAUAUAGAUAGUGUAUAAGACAAGUUGUUUGUGCAUUUGUGAUGAGUGUGCACUGCUACGAUUUGUGAGGAUUUGCUUUACACUCGAUAGAAGAAUAAAAUCCCACAUUGGCUUGAUUUGAGUUAGAACAGAACAACUCUCCCACGAUGUAGGUUAUCUUGGAUCAUACAAAUGUUUAUUAUGCAAUCUUAAUUUUGACCUCAGCCCAACUCUAAGUUACCCGAAAAUAAAACACUGCUCAUUUUGCUGCCUGUAGCGUGUGUAUUCUCAUCCCUCUGAGUAUGGCAUGAAUGAGGAGGUGAUCUGCUUAUACCAUGUAAAUGGGUGAUCUUAGCAAGUGGGUAAGCAGAAGAAAAAUACAUUUACCCUCUUUAAACACCUUUCAUUCUGGAUUCACGUGGAGUGAGUUUGGUGGGGUUUUUUUUAUAUAAAGUCUGUCCCAGAAUUUCUUUCUAUGCAGCGGUCAAGACAUUGGUCUCUAUCCAGGCCAUUACAUCCUUUUUCUACAUGAAGCUGCAAAAAAAAAAAAAAAAAAAAAAAAAGUCUUGCAGAACAUUACUCGUACCAAUCCUCUAUUUGCUCACAAUCUGCCUGCACCUGGAAAAGUGAACAAAAUGCUUUUACACAGGGCAGGACUCAUUACUGUCUCUAUCUGGGGUAAUACUAAUGUGAGCUCACAGGAGAUACAUAGAUGCAAAAAACGGAAAUGCAGAACAAAGCCAUUCCAUUAUAUUCUGAACGUGUUAGGAACGUGUUAAUGGAAGUCUCCAUCCCUGGAUGAUGCACUGUCUGACGGAGGUUGCUGCUUACCUUUUUCAUGAGCUUGUCUGCUUAGGAGCAUCACAGAAGGGAAGGACCACACUUCAUCUUCAGAGGCUGAACAUCCACUCUGCCCUGCAUGAAAGAAUCUGGGAUAGUAAACGUGCUUUGUCUAAAUGCUUCCUCGGAGCAAUGAGCCUGCCACUGGUCGGGGUAAAGAAAUACAGAUAAGGUACAAAGAUGCAGGAUUAAGGAGAGUUUGUCCUUGUGAUUUGAAUUUGCACAGUGUGAACUCAUCAGAAAUUAAACACAAAUAAACUGUGAGGAAAAGCCACUGGUCAUGUGUGUAAGAAGGGGAACUGUUUUCCACUUUUAUCCCUGUACUCAGUCCUUAUAAGACUUAGAUGACCAGCCAGUGAACCUCAGCUUCCCAGGCUAAAAAUCAAGGCUAAAAAUGAAAUUCAUAUUAGAUACCUUUUGCUCUAAGAAAUAUAUAGAAGGCCACAAGAAUGGAGCAUGUUUUCAGAAACAUUUCAGGUAAACCACAUGGCUUCUAACAGAGGAACACUGAUAACAUACAUCGUGGAAGAUGUACCACUAAGCAAAAUUCAAUGGACUUCCUACAUGCCCAUUUCACUUGGAAAGGAGGGAUGAAAGAUAACUCGAAGUCUCAUUGGAGCUAAAGCGAUGUGCACUUCUGCGGAACAGGUAGAGUACUGUAGAUAAAGAUUCGGGAAAACAAAGAAGAAAAAGAAAAAAAAAAACAACUGAAAGAGCAAUGGAGUGAAAAGAAUGAAAAAUGGUAAAGAUGAAGCGAAUCCGGCGCGA